UGACGAUGACGACGACGACGAUGAAGACUCUGAGGAGGACUCGGAAGAAGAUGAAAAGGCGCCACCCCCUGCACCGGCAGCUUCAGCCGGUGGCGGCUGGUGGGGGGGCAUACUGGCGACGGCAACGGCCACUGCGACCGCAACCGCUAGCGCUGCAUUGAAGCAGGCUGGUGCUGCGUAUCAGGAGAUCCAGAAGAACGAGGAGGCCAAGAAAUGGGCUGAGCAGGUCCGCGGGAACGUGACAAACCUGCGAGAGCUUGGCGGUGAUCUUCGACAACGCGCCAUGCCUACUUUCGCCGAGCUUCUCAACACUCUUGCGCCGCCAAUUUCUCAGCACGAGCGUCUCCUCAUCCACAUCACGCACGAUCUGGUGGGCUAUCCGUCCCUGGAUCCACUCAUUUAUGGCGUGUUCAACCGGGUCAUGUCACAAGUGGAGGGUGGCGACCUUUUGGUCGUGCAGCGUGGCCACGAGAGCACUGUUCGUCGCUCCUCAGAUGCCGCCUACCGCUCAGGAUCGAGCUCGGCGGGCUGGCGAGACGGCCCCUGGUGGAGACAGGCCGAGAUCGCACGCGAUCUUGGAGCUGUCCGCGGUCUUGUGGAAGGCACAAAGCUCUGCCGUGUCAGUGCCGAGAGCUACGCUUCAGACUAUUUCGCAAGCAGCGGCGGCAUUGGAGCGGCCCAGAAGCGUGCCCUUGAGCCCGCAAGCGAGGAGAAUCCCGUCCGGACUAGCGACAUCUUCCUUGCUGUGCAGGCCAUCACCACGGAAAGCGAUUCAGUCCUGUUUGCAGGCAGCGCAAGCGGCGGGAAGGAGAAAGAGGAAGAAAGCGAGGAGCGCUCGGAGAACGAGAUUGUUUUUGCCGUCUAUGUCCACGAUCCGAUUCACGACAUCACCUACAGCUCCCUGAGCCAGGCCAUGCCUGCCAAGUGGAUUCGGUGGCUCGACGCCGCGAGCCCCCUGACGCCUGCCAGUGGCGAGUCUGACGCCGGCCAUAGUCACGAGUUUGACCAUGUUCCCGAGGAAAUCCGGGAGAUUGUCGAGAGUGGUGGCGUAGACCCGCGUGAGUGGGUGGCCGAGUGGGUCGAGGAGUCACUGAGUCUGGCCGUGGGCAUCGUCGCGCAGCGCUACGUCGCUCGCCGGAUGGGCGUCGGCGAUGGCAGCCUGGGCAAGGGCAAGGCCAAGACGGAGUCAUUGGUGCAGAGUGGCGCUGGGGAGGCGGCGCGGGCUGGUCUGCUCUGAGUUGCGCUUGGGAGGUUGACAGGCGGUGGAUCUUUGUGCCCGUUGGAAGGAGAACAUGGUGCAAUUGCACCCAAUCGCGUAGCAGGAUACGAAUGUGAUUUCUCAUCAAACUGGCUCAAUGCAUGUUUGUACAGCUUGGUUUGGCUUUGCGGAGAUGGUGUGUUCUGAGAUUUGUGUGCCUGGUGUUGUGCGUCGCAGCCAGUCUGAUGAGGUGACCUGCCAUUGUUCAAAGGUGGAAGGAUUCAUAUAUGCCUUUGCCGAUCAGUUUUCCCUGUUCGCAAAGGGCACAUUUUCAUGACAACUAGGACGGAAUUUUGGAUCACAGAAAAUACGGGCCCUGUCUGUGUAUGCGAGAGAGAGAGCACAGUUGCUUGGACGUGGGCUGUAUGCAGUUUUGCGCCAUCACCACUACCACCACGCCAGAU